AUGGUGUCGCCUGCGUAUCAAAAUUCCAACUUAUACUAUCAUGACCAAUCCUUUGAGCAAAAUAUUAAUCUUCUUUUCAAAGAUAGCUGCACUGAAAAACGGUAUUCUUUAGAUAUCUCCCGAGCUCAUGAAGACUCAAUUGCCUACAUUUUUGGCUGACUAAUACUAAUUGUGUUAACUUUACUUAUUUUAGGCGAUUUAACUUUCUAUGAAGCUGCCAGCUUUAUUUCGACAUGCUUGCCAUGAUUUGUGGCAAGAAAUACCUCCCCAACUAUCCAAAGAAUCCUAUUGGAAAUUCCCACUUUUAUGUGCCUAUCAAAAAUAUUCUGAUUUAUUAUAAUUUUUCUAUUAUAAUCUCUAGGCAUUUAUAAUGCCUAAUACACAUAAAAAACUAUAAUUAAGACAGGGGAUUUUUUUGAAAGCUUUGCAGGUUUUUCGCUAAGUUUUGUAUUCACAUUAAACUUAUUCAGCCACUGGACAAAUUUCUUAUUCAUCAGCCUGAUUGAGAUACUUUUCCUAUAUCUUAUGAAUAGCAUCAAACUUUCAGGCCUUAUUCUAGCAGUUUUUACCUUUACUUUUAUAUUUUCAGUCGCUGAAAAAGACUUCAGAACAUUGUGAAGAAUUUAUCAAUCGAUAAAAAAAUCAAACUCGACUUAUUAUUCAUUUUUCCAAAAUUUGCAUUUUGCAGUAUUUAUUGUUAAUUCUUCAGGAAAUAUUAUUCAUCUUAAUAAAAAUGCCCUAAAAAUGAUCGCAAAGCUACAUCCUGGGACAAACAACUUUAUGGAAAUUUUUGUACAAGAUUAUCAUGAUUUAAUAGAAUUACUAAUAAAAAAUGCUAUUCUGAAAGGAUGUCCUGGAAAAGAAGAGUUUUUAUGUAAACAACAUGGAAAAGAUAUAGAAUUUAAUAAAAAUGACGUACUAGGCUAUUCUAUUUAUGCAGAAAGCAUUACAUGGAAGUCAGAAAACUGCGCAAUGCUUAUAUGUACUGAUAUUACUGACAGUGUUAAUAAUAAAGCCCUUCAGAUUUCUCUUACAAGAGCCGCAAAGCCAGCAUUAGAAGCCUUUGGGAGAUCAUUAGGAAGCGAUAUAGAUGAUAGCCAUCCUCAGAGCAAAGAAAAUUUCCAAGAAUUUAUGACGAUUAAGUAUUUUCACUGUACAAGUUUAAUAUACCAAUCAGUAUUUUUUAACUCAAUUGUGCUCAGUAAAGAUUCUUUCAGCAUAGACGAUGACAUACAAAAUGCUAUUGAAAUUUCAUAUGGAAAAGCACAAAGGAAAGGGAUUACUGUGACUUAUCAAAAAGAUCAAGGAAUCCCAAAGUCAGUUAUAGGGGACCAGUCUAUGCAUUUUUAUAUCCUGCAAACAAUUUUUGCGUUUGCGAUAGAUACAGCACUCCCUAAUUCUGAAAUUUAUUUACGGGCAGAAAUUUCUGUAAUAGUAAUAUAGUCUGCAAUAGGCAAAGAACUUUGCUUAGCUUAUACGCUGUCGAUAAGGACAAGGAAAUUUGAGAACGCGGAUUUAAGAAAGAUUUUUCAUGUAAAGAGAACAGAAAAAAAUAGAAUUUCGAUGGAAGAGCUUGUAGAAAAUUGUCUUCAAUAUGGAUUUGGGAUUGCGCUGCUGGACUCUCUUUUAGCGUUUCUUUCGGGGCAAAUCUCGGAAGCAUCAAUGGGGGAAAUUGAGACUGAUAAAUUUACGUUAAUUUUAAAAAUACCUUACUCUUUUUUAAGAAAUUAAAUGGUGAUGGAAGAUGGACAUUGAGGUGAAAUCCUAUGGAGCAGGUAGGAGACGUCCUGAUGAAGCUGAAAAUAGUAACUCUGUCACUUUUUGAAGUAGGCCUUUGGGUGGGAUGUCUGCCCGAAGAGGGAAGUUUCGUUUUUCCCUGAAGGUUUUCCCUGUCCCUGCUGGCUAGAUAGGUUAUGCCUCCCGCUUAGUCUUUGCUUAUUGGGAUUAACAGAGCAUCUACAGAGGUGGCUCUAACCUAGGGAGCUAAUCCUUAGGUUAGGUGGGUUUACAUCAAGUAUGCAGGCUAGUGGUCUAUCCACUUAUGGCUUUAUGACAUUUAAUUUAUUCUAUUUUGAGAAAUAAAAUGAUGAAAUUGGACUUGAUGCUCACUCCUUUGGAGCAAGUAGGAGAACCUGAAAUACUGCCUAUGCCACUUUUCUAGUAGGCUGCCAAGAGAGCUAACCCCUGGACAGGCUUCCAGGCCGGAUAUCCAAAGGGCGGUAUUUUGGAACAAAGGUCGGUGAACCUAUUGAUCUGCCCGUUUAUGGCCAGCAUAACUUAAUAGUAUAACUUACUCUAUUUCUGAUAAAGCGCCCAAAUCAAAGCUUAUCCGUAUUACCUCAAACCAAACAUAUGAAACCCCAUUGACAGCUAAAUGAAAGCCAUUACCAGAGAGCUGGAUAGACGAAUGUAAACAAUUAGAUAAUCAAAUUAUAAAGCUGAGAUCCCGCCAUAAAGACAGCUAUUUUGCAAAAUUCGAAAUACAAGCUCUUUCUCAUAUAGCAGAAACAAAAUGGUGAUGGUAGAUGGACUCCGAGACGCACUCACUAUGAGGUAGGACCCGUUCUUAUGAAGCUGAAAAUAGUGCCUCUGUCACUUUUUGAAGUAGACCUUGGGAUGCCUGCCGAAGAGGGAUGCUUUGUUUCUUCCUCGAAGUUUUCCCUGUCCCUGCUGGGCUAGAUAGGUUUUACCUCCCACUUAGUCUUUGUUUAUCUGGGCUAACUGGCUAUCUCUAAGAGGUGGCUCUAGCCUAGGGGUAUAAUACUUAGGUUAGGUAGGUGCUAGUGGUCUAUCAUCUUAUAACCUUAUAGCUUUUAACUUUUCUCAUAUAGAGAUAGAGCCCAUUCAGCGCUGCUCUACAUUUUCCAGCAUUGAGGUGUCUGAUUUUGACGAAAACUCUGAUCUAUUCCACAAAAUUUAUGUUUAUAAUUCAAAUGAUAUUGUAAGACUUGUCACUUUUGACCCAGCUAAAUAUGAAACUAAUUUCCAAGCAGAAAACCCCAGAAAAGUUUUUGUAAAUAAUCUUAUAAAUAGAAAAAUCAAAAUUUCUAGUCCUGGCAGCAAAUCUCCACUGCCUGAUUAUUCACAAACAGACACAGUCAAAAUUCACAAAUUUAUCGAAAAAGAUUGCCAAAAAUAUAAACUUGACCCUCAAAAAAUGAAAGUUUUGGUCGUUGAUGACAUAGAAAACCAAAGAGAAAUUAUUGAAGCAAUAGUAAAUAAACUAUUCGGGGCUAGCUAUGAUAGUGCAAAAGAUGGAAAUAUGGCGGUAGAAAUGUUUAAAUCAUAUAUAGACCAAGGGUUUUUAUAUCAAAUAAUAUUUAUGGAUGUUUAUAUGCCGAUCACUGAUGGGCUGAAAGCAACACAGCAGAUUAGAGAUAUUGAAGCGCAAAAAGGCGCGCCAAGAACAUUUAUAUGUGGGAUGUCUGGAGAUAGUGAAUUAAGACAAAAAUGUCUUACUCCCCCCCCUCCGUGAGUGAACAAAACCAUUAGAAAAAUCCCUAUUUUUUGCCCAAAAAUCCUACCUCCGUGAGUGAACAAAAAUUUUUUUAAUAGAAAAAUUUUUAUUGAAAAAAAAUUUAGAUAUAUAAAUGGUAAUUAGUAUAAUGAAAUCUAGAGCUAAUUCUAUUUAAUUUUAAACGAAAUGCUUUUUAAAAACAUAAAUUUUAUAAAUUAAAUUAAUAUUUGCUUUCCAAUUUUUGCGAAUUAGGAUUUUUUUAAAUUUCGAAAAAAAAUAUUUUUUAUAAAAUUUAUAUAUAAAUUGUUUUAAAAAAAAAAAAAUUACCCCCCUCCGUGAGUGAACAAAAAAUUUUUGUUCACUCACGGAGGGGGGGGGGAGUUAAUGCAGGAAUGGAUGAGUUUUGUAAGGUUUAUUUAGUAUUGAAACCAUCAAGUCCUCAAGAUUUAAAAAGAAUAGUGGAAAUGAGCAAAGGUAAUAAAAUUUAA